AUGCAGACAACAUCAUCAAAAUCAUCGUUUAUCUCACAAUCAUCGAAUGUUGACAACACGUACACUAAUACACUACCGUUGGCGUUUGGAGCAACCGCUUGCUCUGUAAAUUCUUCUGUUAACACGUCAGCAUUUACACCUAACGAUGAUAUGUGGACGACACAAGCAGGUAUGUGUUCACCUUACAUGCAAUUAGCUUAUAAUCAUUCGAAUGGACAAACACAGCCUUAUUCGUUGCCACCAAAUGAAAAAAGUACCAUAAAUUCUGUUGCCGCCGUUCAGUUUCCACGACGAUUUUCCGCUUCAAAACCACCUUUUAGUUAUAUAUCACUUAUUACAUUAGCUAUUAACGAAUGUCCAAAUCGGAUGUGUACAUUGGCUGAAAUAUACCAAUUUAUUCAAGAUCGUUUUCCCUAUUAUCGUCAAAAUCAACAACGAUGGCAAAAUUCAAUUCGUCAUAGUUUAAGUUUUAACGAUUGUUUUGUGAAAGUGCCUAGAAGUGCCGAUCGACCAGGUAAAGGUUCUUAUUGGACAUUACAUCCAGAAUCAGGUAACAUGUUUGAAAAUGGUUGUUAUUUAAGACGACAAAAACGUUUUAAAUGUUUGAAAAAAGACGGUAUGCUAUUGAAAGACUAUGGACAAAAACCAAAUAAAAAAUCGAAUAAUGGUACAAAAUGUCCAUCGCCUACUGAUUCUGGGGGCGGAUCCGAUGAUUAUGAUUCACAAGGCGAAACCUGUUCAGCAUCUACAACAGCUAGUCCAUCUGAAACACAUCAAACAAAUCAUCAUUAUGUCGAUUAUCAAAAUGGUCAUCCUUAUCAUCAUAUUGAACGAGCCAUGUACGAAACACAAUUAAUUGAUCAUCAACAAGAUGCUGAUAAUCAGUCAAAAUCUAAUUCUCAUGAUGUUAUGAUCAAAUCAGAGGCAUACAAUCAAUUUUCAAAUAGUCAACUAUCAUCAGUAGCAGCCACAACAACGUCUCUCGUUCCACCGAUACAUACAUUAUCAAUAAACGGUCAUUAUACCGGGAACGAAUCUACCGAUAAUUCAUAUACGACAGGAACAACAACAACUAAAAUUCCUAAACAAUACGAUUUUUCUCAAUUAAAUCCAUUAGAUUCUCAACAUUUUGCCAUGAACCCUUCUGCAUUUCAACAUCCAUUUACAAUUAAUAGCAUUAUUAACAAUGAAGCAUUAAUGAAGUAUAGUCACGAUUUAAAACCGUUUUAUACUGAUCAAAUGUCAGCUGCAGCUGCAGCAGCUUGUAGUUUUUUUACACCAUCCGCAACGACAACCACCGAUAAUCUAAGAAAUAUGACACACGGUCUACAAAAUGAUUAUUAUUUUACUAGCCAAUAA